CCUCCCUUCUCAGCGAGCACGCUGCGGGCGGACGUGCGCGCGCUCUUCACUAAAUCUCAAAAGCCUGGCUGCUUGAUCCUGAGAGGGAAGUAGGUGACUGACGAGUCCGUGGGAGGAGUUCAGAAUGCGGACAGUUUUCUUCCUGUUUUUUUAUUUAUAAUUCUCGGAGUUUUAAACAAAACAAAAAACUUGAUGCUCCGCACAUGGAAAAGAUAAAGGACUCAUACGGUCAUAGUUCAUGCGGUUUCCGAUUACUUUAACUUUUGUCUACUGUUGAGUGUAAGACACUGAUAAUGUGGGCCUCAUGCUGUAACUGGCUAUGUCUGGACACCCAAUCUGAAGAUGAGAGGAAUGGAAACAGCCAGCGUGAGGCAUACACUAACUCUGGCUACAAUGCAUAUCCUUCAUCCCCUGCCCCGGAACCCACCUGUAAAACCUGUGGAAGGAGGUUUGAUCCUUUCUUUAAGAAGCUCGUAUGUAUGGAUUGCAAGAAGAAUUUCUGCAGCAACUGUUCCUCACAGCUUUUGGGCCCUUGCAUGUGCUUUAUCUGCCAUCGUUUACAUGUCACAGCCUUUGAAAGAGGAGAACUCAUGAAGUUAAAGGUGAAGGAACUGCGUGACUACCUUUCUCUGCAUGAGGUAUCCACUGAGAUGUGUACUGAAAAAGAGGACCUGGUGCAGCUUGUAUUGAGUCAGCAGUCUGCCGUGGAAAGAAUGAGAAGCAGUGUUAACACAUCCCAGGCCCCCCAGCCAGAGUCUGUAGGUAAUGAAACAUCAUCAGCCACUCAAGGUGCUUUCCAGAUGCUUAUUGAAGAUCAGCAGACCACAGCAACGUCAGCUUUUUCCAGCCGAGAGGCAGAGACACCAACACUAGGAGAUGAGCCCCGGACAGAAGAAGAUGCGCAGUCAUCAGAUGUUGAAGACAUGUCCGUUCCUGGCCGUAGAGCAUCCUUGUCAGACCUGAAUAGUGUGGAGGACAUCGAUUCACUGUCUGUUAGGCAGCUUAAGGAGAUUUUAGCCCGUAAUUUUGUAAAUUACAAAGGAUGCUGUGAAAAGUGGGAGCUAAUGGAAAGGGUCAGCCGACUUUAUAAUGAACAGAAGGAUCUCCAGAAAUUAGGUAAAACUAUAUAUAUAAACUGUGUGUAUUCAAAACCUCCUGCUGGUGUAGAUGAAAACCUCUGCAAAAUUUGCAUGGAUGCCCCAAUUGACUGUGUUCUCCUGGACUGCGGGCAUAUGGUCACCUGUACAAAAUGUGGCAAGAGGAUGAGUGAAUGCCCUAUCUGCAGGCAAUAUGUAGUCAGAGCCGUUCACGUCUUCCGAUCCUGAUGCUUGUGUGUUGUCCUGUCAAACAGAACUAUGUGCUCCUCCUGUUCUUUAAGGUCGAUUUUUCUCAACUUGUGCAGAAGUGAAAUAUUUUCGAAGUAUUUUCAUUCAUGAAGAAUCAUGACGUUUUUCCAAUUGCAGCCACAACUGCAGCAUGCCAGCAGUACAACAAAUAGAAACUAUCAUGUUGUAAAUUAAAUGCAUGUUGACAGUUUAUGAGUAUAACCAAAAUUGAGAGCUGCUAAAGAAAAUGUUUAGGAGUUUGGUUUUUGCUUACCAGACAAAUUACUUAAUUAAUGAUCAAGCUAUAAUUUAUUAAAUUAAAAACCUUUUGCUUUUUCAUAAUUAAAGUCGAUUGAAGGUUUUCUAUGGCUUUAAAAAAAAUCGAAGCCAUCUGCCUUACCUGGAAUUUUGUCCAUAAUUUGUUUUGGCUUAGCUGAACAGAACUUGAAUAUGGCUGGUUUUACAUCAGGUAUAUUUGUGGCACUAAUGACCGAGUAGUUACUUAAAGUUGAAAGUAGGCAGGCUGUCUUGAUUUUCUGUGUUUUUGAGCAGACAAACCAAAUUCAUUAUCAACGAGCUAUGUUUUGAUUUUUUUCCCUCAAAUUAGUUACAUAACGACUACUUCACGGCACUGUCUGCUUUCCUUCAGAUGCAUGUCUGAAUGUCAGGCAGUGUUUUAAGCUAAUUUAUCUACAAGAAGUUUGCAUAAAUGUUUUUUUAAAGAAUUUGCUGCUGUUCGUUUCCAAAGAUUAAGAAAAAGCCUUUUUAAAAAAAAAAAAAAAAAAAAAUUCCAAAUUUACUGCAGCAGGAAAUUCUUUCAUGAACUGCAGUCUAUAACAGAAGUAACUGAUAGUAAGGUGUCUGCAUGUCCGUGGUACUUAGUUGUAGAAAAAUGAUGCGAAGCAGGAUAAAUAUUUAUGUUAAAUCUUUGGGUGGUCUAUCGGGUUAAAGAGGCUUUGCUUAUGGCUGGCCAUCUAUAAUACAACAAGCCAUAGUCUGAAUUUCUCAGAUCAAUCACCUAUAAAUGAAUGCAUUUUAAGAAACAUUAAGAAAAACUAUACAUGAUGAUAGAAGUAUUCUAAAAUGUAGAAGACAUCUAAGAUUCUUGUCCAAUGUGGUCUGCAGGCAUUAUUAAUAAGAUGCAAUUUUUCAUCAGGUUUACUGACUAGCACCCUGAUAAAUUAAUAACUUUUAACAUGUACAGAAAAGAGUGUGAAUGCUACAAGUACUUACUAUAAUGCUGUAUGCUGGAAGAACCCGCAGAAAUUUGAACUGAGAUACUGGGUUAAAAGUAUACCUGUACUCGUUCCUUUAAUUACACAUAAUUUUACAUUUGCAUCAGUUUGCUCAAUUUUUGCAUGCCUUUGUUAUGUAGAAGGAGAAAAUCUGGACCAGCUUGCAUUAUCAUUUACUUGCUGAGAAUGGUAACAAAACAGGAUAUGUUUUGAAUGUGUGUAUGAUUUUCAUAUAUCCUAAUGGACCUUAUGAACAGCAAAAUGCACUAUGACAGUAGCAGAACUUUAAAUUGUUACAAAUUAAAUAUUGCAUAAUAUGUUUUAUGUCUUAAGUUUACAAACAGAGUCUUGAAACUUUCUAAAGGUAAGGUUAUAAUGAUAUUUUCUCUGUGGUCCAAACCAUAAUAAAUGUCUUGGUUGAGUAGGUUUGUAAAAUUCAUUUUGGGAAUUCUUGGAUGCAUUUGGCAAAAGGUUUUUACGCAACAAAAUCUUGAAAUGUAAUGAAGACUAGUUUGCCUGCUUGAUAAAGUGCCUUCAGGACUUUAACUUGAACAGUAUUUCAGGAACUGACCAACAAAUGUGCCUUCUAAAGUAGUUUGUAACACCCCCCUACACACCACGCAUUUUUGGUCCUUCCUUCAAAUUGAUCAUUUAGUGGGCCUGUGUGUGUACACAAUGCAGGCACUUGCUUGCAAUGUUUGUUUUUAUCCUCUUUAAUUUCUGUGCUUACACUGGCGCAAAUCUCUCAGGAAGAGUCCUUUGGACUGUGCCUUAUUUCUACCUCUUUAGAUAUAUGCUAAAUGUGUAAACAGACGUAGCUGCCAAAACCACACAUGCAUCAUAUCCCACAUAUCUUUGUGGUGAAGGAAAUGCCAGUAGUGACACAGUGAUACGCGCUCAAAAUUAAGCACUUUAAGGCAACAUUAAAAACCUAAAACAUCUGAUGAUCCGUAGAAGAUGCUUUGUCUGGAUAUGACCAGCAUAGUAUAAAAAUGUAUUUGGACUGGCAGAGAUGCAUCAGCAGGAUUAUGGCUAAUGCACCCCCUGAGAAUAUUGAGUUGUUGUCUAACUGACCAAACUACUUGGGCAUCACUCUAAGUAUAUGUUGUUUACCUUCUCAGUGAUUUAUUGUUUUGAGGAUUUGCUUCCACAUUUACAAUACAUCUUUGUGUUGCUAUGUUAGAAUUAGGCAACCGUUGGAAAUGAUACGUGUUCAAGGAAAAAACAAAACACAAUUGUCAGGGUAAAGCAGUUUAAAACCGUCUCUUAUAUGUUUAAUUAAAAUGAAGCUUGAUUUUCAGCUCCUAAACCUCAUUAACAAAAUUGAAAUAUAUAUAUGUAUGUAUGUAUGUGUGUAUGUAUGUGUGUGUGUGUGGAUAUGUAUAUAAUUUUAUUUUAUUUAAAGAAAGCUUUAAAUCAGGGGUGUCCAACCCCAGUCCUGGUGGGCCGCAAUGGCUGUAGGUUUUCAUUCUAACCAUCUUCUUAAUUAGUGAGCCAUUUUUGCUGCUAAUUAACUUGUUACCUUAAUUUUAAUUGACAUGACUCAUACCCCUUAAUUGUUAUUUUCCUUAAUGAGCAGCCAAACAAUAAUGAAUCACAAAACAAGCCGCCACAUGACCAGCUAACCUGAAAAUCAAGAAAGGCGACUGUUUCAGUCAUGUUGGUCUGCUCAGGUCACCAAAACAUCUUGACGGUGGUCUUCGAAAAAACAAAGUUUGCUGUGGCAGAAUGAGAGCAACAACAAGUCAUGCUAUUCAAUAACAGCUUUAAUUAACAGCAAGAAUUGGCUUCUCGUUAAGAAACUGGUUGGAGUGAAAUUGGCUGGAGUUUGAUGUUGGCUCAUUUCACAUCUCGUUUCUGUUUGGCUGUCAUUUAAUGAAGAAACAAAUCAAUUCAGAGGACUGAAUCCUUAAAAACAGGGCUAUUAAAAUAAUGGGAAAAAGAAGUUAAUCAGCAGUGAAAACUGGUCACUGGUGAGGAAAGGGUAAGAAUGAAAACCUGCAGGCACUGUGGCCCACCAGGACUGAAGCUGGACACACCUUCUUUACAUCAUUAUGAAUCUAUGUAAUUUAAUUUAACCAUUAUUCCUUCAUGCUGUACACACUCCAGUUGAAUGUACUUGACACAAGUGAAAAAUCAAGGAUAACAGUUGGAGUGAAGGUGAUUCUUAACAUUUUUAUUAAGUUUUCAUUUAUUAAAAGGUUAAAAUAAUUACAUCAUCAAGCACAUGUGAUUUAUGGAUCACUGAAGCUUUACAAGCUACACGUAUUAGCCAUUUUUGAUUUUAUUAGAAAGGUGGAGCAGGAAUUUAUGGAAGAAUAACCAAACAUAUUGUUAUUACUAAUCUGCUAAUUACCUUCAUUUUUUUAUGGCAUUUGUAUAAAAUGAUGCAUACUAUAGACACUUACAGAUGUAAUGCUUGAAGAACUGAAUAUUAACAAUGUAUUUGAUUUAGUUUAGAGAGUUUGUUUAGGGUCCAUUAAAAAGUUUUUGGGUAAGUUUAAAAAUGUAUGCAAAUUUAAUAUCUGAUUUUGAUAUAUUUUGAAUUAUGCAGUUGUUAGUAGUAAGGCCAGUAUUUGUUAUUUCUUAACCAGGAAAGUUAGGUUUAUUGUUGUUUGUUUUUACGUUCAGAAGAAUGACUGUUUUUCUUGGCAUUAGUUUAAUAUUAUUUUUAUACAGAAAAGCAAAAGGAAGUUCAAAUAUUUUCUUCCCUUAUAACCUCAUUCCCUAGGUUCUUUAUUACAGGUUAGUCUUUUUAUUUUGCCUUUUAAAGACUUUUUUCGGCUUGUACUAAAAACAUUACCUUAGCGUUAUUUGAGAAUUGUGUGCAAUAAUUGCCUACUAAAAAGAAAGAAGCACACAGUAAAUUGGAAAACUAACAAUAAAAGCAUUUGUGUGCAGGAAUUAGUUUACUUUAAAAUGUACUAGUAAUUAAUAAUCCCAUCAAAUCCAUCAAAACAAUAAAUGUGCUGUCUUAAUGUAACCAAUUUUCCAGGGACAGACAAGUCUAAAUUGUGUUACUCCCUAAUCAUUUUAGCCCCACGGAGAGGUCCAGUAUCCCCCCUAACUUACAAUGUGCAUGGUUGUCAAGACCCUUUUCUAAGAAGAUGUAUUUGAAUAGGUUAGAAACAUUGUUAAGAGUUACAGAUGAGAAGUCAGUGGUUAUGAUUUCUAAUUCACUUAAACUCUGGAAAAAUAGCCACCAGGAGUUGCUGAGCCUUACUUCUUGGUUUUUCAAAUUAAUUUCAGAACACGCAGAUUGACCCGCAUACUGGAGUCAAGUAAGUAUUCUUUAAUAAGGACUGAACAAGAAAACUUUAUAAAGAGAAGUGGAUGCAUAAAGGGUAAAAAAAAUGAGCUUUUAACUGUUCUUUACCCAAACCAUAUUGUUAGCUCAUAAAACGAACACUUAUCUAAUGCAUACUUAUAGAACCUGGUCAGAAAGAAGGAUUAUGAAUUCAAAUGAUGUUUAUUUAGUUUUUUUAUAUUAGUUUCUUUUGUGUGUUUUUAUUCUGUUCAGUUUUGCAGAACUAUUCUUAAAGGGGUUCACUUGAUCUGUACUUUAAAAUGCAUUGACUGCAAGGAGAGAGAUAUUAAACUGACUUUACCUUGACAUAAAUUUGGAAUAUAUAUAAAGGCUACUGCAUUACAUCACUGUAUUGUGUCUGUCAAUAGCAAAGACUUCCAUUUGUCCAUGUUGUUUUGUUUCUUUGAACUGAGGUGUGUUAUUUCAUUAUGGUAAUCACUGUUGCUGCCAGGAUAACAUGUGGUGGCAUUAUGAAAUGUAUGUCCUAAACUGUGUGGAAUAUUCCAAAUGGGUCUGCUUCAGCAUUACUAUUUAAUAUUCUGUCAUACUGUAAAUAAAGUACAUACUGUGAUUAACUACUUUUGCAAUUUUGAAGCCAAUAAUUUUAGUGUAAAUUUUUUGUGCUUAAUAAAAUCAAAAUUUCAUUAAAAAUACAAA